AUGCGUUUCGCUUGUGCUACCGCGGGUGUGCUUGUGCUUGGUGCUACCGUUUCUCAAGCGCGUUCUAUUGCGCCUAGCCCAUGGAGUGAACGUGACUCGACGGAGAGUGAAGCUGUACACUUUGGGCUGGUUUCCCAAAGAUCAACGGCCGACAGCGAUGACUGGAACUCAUCGUCAACUCCCCAGAACACCUUGCCCUUGAAAAACAAUGACGAUCUUUCUGCACCAUCUCCCAAACGCGCUGGAAGCGGGAGUGCUCAGCCAAGCAGUGCAAGCGACAGUCAAGAUGAUUCUGAGUCCAGCUCCCGGGUUCAUGAGUAUUCCCAAAAAGACUACUCGAGGGAACGGGUUACCCAUCAGCCAUCCAAAAUUCUUGGCCUUUUUUCAGUGAGGCCAACUAUCCAGCGCAACGAAGACCCCCAAUCGACUGCUAUGCUUUUACAAGCAAUCGAAGACUAUCGCGGCGCCAUACUAGGAGAAUCUACGGCUGGACCGGUCGAAACGCCUCCGAACCAAGCCGAACACAUUUUGCAACCCCUGAACCAAGUGCAAACCAGACCCGUCCGGCAGACUAUUCAUGAGCUGAAUUUGAAUCGAAACGCACAAGAAGUUCUCAACCGGACCGCUGGCUUUAGGACCGCGCGCAAGUCCCAAAAUGACACUUCCAAUGGAUCCGCAAAUUUGACUGAAGCCACCGACAAUGUCCUCGGAAACCUAUCAUCGCUUUCUAACAACAUUCCAAUCAAUGUUCAAAACUCUAAUGAUGACAAGAACUCCAGCUCGUCGAAUAAACUCUUUCCGGCAAUCGCACAAGCCAACACCCGGGAUUUGAUCAAUAUUUCUUCCCUUUCCAACAACAUCAAUACUACCGAUCCUAUCAACGGGGCUGUGCCCAGUUCACUUAUCAAUCGAGUCACAUCCACUAACGACACUGAUUCCGAUAGAAACACCAAUCACUCUCACUACUCUGUCUCUCACAGCGGCGCGUCACGUGAAGCCAAUACUACUUUCAACCAUACCGUACCCAUUUCUCACACGACUCCCGCCAAUGACACUGCAGUGCCCUCGUCCAACAGCACUGCACCCAACUCUUGA